AUGUCAGACCAGAUGAGGAAUAACGACGAGAAGGCUGAAAUGGCUUCCAGUUCCCAGCAGCCGGGCUCUGGCAAUUCCUCAGUCAGUUUGAAGCAUGAUGAUCCACCACCAACCUUUCAGCCAGGGCGACGCUUUUACCUUGCCUUCCUCGCCCUGGCUGUUCUGACUCUUAUGGUCGCUCUUGAUGGUACAUCGCUCUCAGUCGCACUUCCCGUGGUUGCCCAAGCUCUUCGGGGUUCGGCAUUGGAAGCUUUUUGGUCAGGCACAUCGUUUCUGCUGGCUUCGACGGUCUUUCAACCGAGCUUUGCGCAAUUAUCUCAUGUGUUUGGUCGAGUACAGAUGGUGAUGGUUGCGAUUGCGCUCUUCUUCGCCGGUGUCAUGAUGGCAGCAGUAGCCAAGAACUUUACUCUUCUUCUUGCUGGACGAACUGUUCAAGGUAUUGGUGGCGGUGGUAUCAUCGCACUUACCGAGAUCAUGGUCACCGAUCUUGUUCCUCUGCGCUAUCGAGGUCAAUGGGCAGGCAUUAUCGGCGGUUGUUGGGCGAUCGGAAGUGUUUCGGGUCCAGUCAUCGGCGGAGCUUUCGCUGAAGUAUCAUGGCGAUGGAUCUUCUGGCUAAAUCUGCCAUUCAUCGGAGUGUCCUGUGUCAUGGUGCCACUUUUCAUCAGGUUGAAGCUUGCACCUGAUAGCCUCAUUCGAAAGCUGAAACGUGUCGAUUGGAUAGGGUCUGUCAUAUUUGUUGGAUCUGCCUGCUCAUUCCUCAUCCCAGUGACAUGGGGAGGCGUGAUGUACGACUGGUCAUCCUGGAGGACGCUGGUACCGUUGAUUGUCGGCGCGGUCGGCAUGCUUGCGUUCGCCGCAUACGAGCGCUUCGUCCCUGCCGAGCCACUCUUGAUGUCGAGCCUCUUCGCGAACAGGACUAUAAACCUAGGCUGGGUUUUUGCAACUCUCCAUGGAGUCAUUCUCUGGAUGCUGCUCUACUACCAGCCCCUAUACUUUGAAGCGGUCCGAGGAUACAAGCCGAUCAUAGCUGGAGUUGCCCUAUUUCCAGCGACAUUCACUGUGGCUCCAUUAUCAAUUAUCACUGGUCUGAUAAUCACAAAAACUGGCCGGUACCGAUGGUCCAUAUGGAGUGGCUGGGCUGUCGCUACGCUUGGUCUCGGCCUUCUUGUCAUCUGGGACAUCAACAGCUCGAUACCCGAAUGGCUCUUCACCGAACUCGUCAGCGGUAUCGGCCUCGGCGUUCUUUUCCCAUCUCUGCUAUACCAGAUUCAGGCUGCUGCCAAGCAAAAAGACGUUAGUUUUGCUGCAGCUCUCUUCAGCUUCUUCCGAGCAUUUGGACAGGCUAUCGGCGUUGCGAUAGGAGGCGCCAUCUUUCAGAACGAGAUGCAGAAGAACCUCUUGAAGACGCCCAGAUUUGCAGACCAGGCGGCAGCACUGGCCAAAGACGCAGCAGCUCUUGUGCAGAUUAUUCACAAUGCUAGUGCUGAUGAUCAGGUGGUACUCAAGACAGCCUACACUGACAGCUUGAGGACGAUUUAUAUCGUGCUUUGUGCAUUGUCUGGUGUUUGUCUGAUAGCGUCGCUUUUCAUUCAGAAGUACGACAUCAAUAUCGGUCUUGAAACUGAGCAGGGUCUGAUGGCUGAGAAGAGGAAUGAAAGAGUUGAGAAUGAAACGAAAAUUGCGGUUUAG